CUCCCCACCCUCGCUGCUGGACCAGCUGCAGACAGGCUGUGACGGGGCCCCGGGCAGCAGCCUCAACAUGGAGUGCCGCGUGUGCGGGGACAAGGCGUCGGGCUUCCACUACGGCGUCCAUGCGUGCGAGGGCUGCAAGGGCUUCUUCCGGCGGACGACCCGCAUGAAGCUGGAAUACGAGAAGUGGGGAACCAUGGGCCAGGGUUCCCAGCUCGCUCCCUUCCCUGUGCCCUUUCCUCCCUGCAACCAUCCUCAGGGCUUCUUCCGGCGGACGACCCGCAUGAAGCUGGAGUACGAGAAGUGGGGAACCAUGGCCAGGGUUCCCCAGCUCGCUCCCCUCCCUGUGCCCUUUCCUCCCUGCACACCAUCCUCAGGGCUUCUUCCGGCGGACGACCCGCAUGAAGCUGGAGUACGAGAAGUGGGGAACCAUGGCCAGGGUUCCCCAGCUCGCUCCCUCCCUGUGCCCUUUCCUCCCUGCACACCAUCCUCAGGGCUUCUUCCGGCGGACGAUCCGCAUGAAGCUGGAGUACGAGAAGUGGGGAACCAUGGCCAGGGUUCCCCAGCUCGCUCCCUCCCUGUGCCCUUUCCUCCCUGCACACCAUCCUCAGGGCUUCUUCCGGCGGACGACCCGCAUGAAGCUGGAGUACGAGAAGUGGGGAACCAUGGCCAGGGUUCCCCAGCUCGCUCCCUCCCUGUGCCCUUUCCUCCCUGCACACCAUCCUCAGGGCUUCUUCCGGCGGACGACCCGCAUGAAGCUGGAGUACGAGAACUGGGGAACCAUGGCCAGGGUUCCCCAGCUCGCUCCCUCCCUGUGCCCUUUCCUCCCUGCACACCAUCCUCAGGGCUUCUUCCGGCGGACGACCCGCAUGAAGCUGGAGUACGAGAAGUGUGAGCGGAGCUGCAAGAUCCAGAAGAAGAGCCGCAACAAGUGCCAGUACUGCCGCUUCCACAAGUGCCUGGCGCUGGGCAUGUCACAUAACGCCAUCCGCUUUGGCCGGAUGCCAGAGGCCGAGAAGAGGAAGCUGGUGGCAGGGCUGACGGCGAGUGAGGGGAGUCAGCACAACCCACAGGUGGCUGACCUGAAGGUCUUCUCCAAGCACAUCUACAACGCCUACCUGAAAAACUUCAACAUGACCAAGAAGAAGGCCCGCGGCAUCCUCACCGGCAAGACCAGCCACACAGCGCCCUUUGUGAUCCACGACAUCGAGACGCUGUGGCAGGCAGAGAAGGGCCUGGUGUGGAAGCAGCUGGUGAACGGCCUGCCGCCCUACAAGGAGAUCAGCGUGCACGUCUUCUACCGCUGCCAGUGCACCACGGUGGAGACGGUGCGCGAGCUCACCGAGUUCGCCAAGAGCAUCCCCAGCUUCGGCAACCUCUUCCUCAACGACCAGGUGACCCUUCUCAAGUACGGAGUGCACGAGGCCAUCUUCGCCAUGCUGGCCUCCAUUGUCAACAAGGAUGGGCUGCUGGUGGCCAAUGGCACGGGGUUUGUCACCCGGGAGUUCCUGCGCAGCCUCCGCAAGCCCUUCAGUGAUAUCAUCGAGCCCAAGUUCGAGUUUGCUGUCAAGUUCAAUGCCCUGGAACUCGACGACAGUGACCUGGCUCUCUUCAUCGCAGCCAUCAUUCUGUGCGGAGACCGGCCAGGCCUCAUGAACGUGUCCCAGGUGGAGGCCAUCCAGGACACCAUCCUGCGUGCCCUCGAGUUCCACCUGCACGCCAACCACCCCGAUGCCCAGUACCUCUUCCCCAAGCUGCUGCAGAAGAUGGCUGACCUGCGGCAGCUGGUCACCGAGCAUGCCCAGAUGAUGCAGCGGAUCAAGAAGACGGAGACGGAGACCUCGCUGCACCCCCUGCUCCAGGAGAUCUACAAGGACAUGUACUGAGGUGCACGGCCAGGGCCUCCCAGCAGGCCUCGGGGCCGAGAACCGGGGCAGGGACAGCGCUGGACAGGCCACAUGGGACUUCUCCGUUGGCCACAGGCGCACUCGGCAUGGCGCCUGAUCACACACUCCUGCGAACAGACCCACGCCUCGCUCCCCAUGGUCCCUUCCUCCCUCUCUCCUUCUCCGUUCCUUGUUCUUUGCUCUUUCUCUUCCUUUCUAAGGGUUCCCUCUUCCUUCCUCCCUGGCCCUCCCUCUCCCCCAUCCCCUGUCUGUCCCUCUGUCUUCCUGUGAGACAGUUGGUAUUAUCUCACCAGCAGCAUAGGACAGGACUUCUGCUUUUGCCCCCCGGCCCCGGUGCAAAGGGAGUGGCCUGCCCUCUGCACCAGCCGUCUGCAGGGGCAGGGGCCUCACUGCUCUGUGCUCGCAGCAAGGCUGGAGCUGCCCAAAGGAACACUAAGCUCUGGGCCCGGCUUCCUGGGGAAGCCGAGCAGGACCUGGGCCAACCGCAGCAGUGGCCUUGGUCGCUGGGUCCCUGCCCUGAAGGCCAGGAGGCCUCCCUGAGACUGUCACGCACCCCACCCUGAGGCUGGCACCCCUGACCCAGCCAACCCCACUUCAGCCACGUACCCCAGCCCCACUCACACCAACAUCCUUUUUGGUCUUUUCACCGGUCUUCCGGGCCAGUGUUGCUGAUGGCCCCCUGCGCUGGCCGCUGCGGGACCUCCCCCAGCCUGGAAGGAGCUGGGUUCCCUGCAGGUGGGGGCCCCACACCCCCAUGAAGAGGAGUGAGCCUCCAGGGAGGUGCAAGUUGGCAGGGAAGCAGUGAGCAGGCCUCAGGGUUGCCCUCCAUCAGCACCCACCCUCCCCCCGGCCUGCAGCAGCCUCGCCACCUAUAUUCUGUCCACAUGACAGCCCUUGCCUCUCCCCAGGGCCGGGACUGGCCUCACCCCCGAUGACGUCCUAUCUCCACCCAGGAGGCACUGGCACUGGCUCGAGCUCACUGCAGCUCAUGCCACACACUCCUGGAGCCGCCGCUCCGCUGCACACCACAAGCACUGAUUCACUUUAUCUGCAGGUUCCACACACCCCCUUCUCUAGGCAGAUGCAUGCCCAGAGGGGCCUGCAGGUGGACGGGCAGGGCUGGGCUUGGUUCCAGGGCUGGCCACAUCCUUGCGUGCCCUCGAGGUCAGCAGGGGAGUCCUGCUGUGUCAGCCCAGCACCUGCUCACGGGGAAGGUGCCAGGGAUAAACUGGUCCUGUUGAUGGAGACAUCCAUCUGUCCCCACAGCUCUGCUACCCUCCCUUCCCCUGUGUCAGCCCAGCUGGUCUCCUGGAACACCCUGCACAGCCCCUGGUGACGGGGACCUUGCCAGGCCACCCCACUCCCCGGCCCCUGCCCACUCCCCUCCACAGGGGCACUCAGUGGGCUGGCUAGGGUCUCGGAGAACCUGGUGCAGAGCCCAGGCUUCCUGGUCCUGUCUGCUCCUCCUUCAGGAGGGGCCUUGCUGUCCAGCUGCAGCUGUGGGAGGAAAUGCCGUGGAGAGAGGACACAGCCAGUGCCUGCCCUGCCAGUGCUGUGGCCUUCCAUGCCCAGGACCACUCCCUGCUGGCUUCCCUCUCCCCUCCUACCCUCGCUGACCGAGGUUUGGCCGAGGGGGCUCCCUUGGGCCAGCACUGUGAGGGAGCGGCGCUGUGCCCGACCUCCGCCUCCCCACCCCCUGCCCGCCCCCACUCCCAGCUCUAGUGCUGAGAACACAGCUCUUCUCAGUGUCUGAACAAUCUCCAAAAUGGAAAUGUAUAUUUUUGCUAGGAGCCCCAGUUUCCUGUGUUUUUAAUAUAAAUAGUGUACACAGACUGAUGGAACUUUAAAUAAAUGGGAAUUAAGUAUUUAA